AAUGAAGAUUAGAGAAGCAAUAAUAUAAAAAGAAGAGUUUUGUUGUGUUAUAUGUUUGAUUUGUAUUGUUUUCUUAUUGCUUGAGAUAGUAUCUUCCCAUAUUAUUCAAGUUUCUUUAAUUAUUAAUCGAUUGGUCUAAGUGCAGAAAAUGAAAUAAAGACCUAGACAGAUUGAUUCAACAAAGCCAGUGCUUACUAUAGGCACUCUAGAUGCAUUUAACAGUGCUGAAGGAUAAGAAGUAGAAAUCAAAAACACAGAAUAAAUCAUUACUCCUGAUUAGCUCAUGAAAGAAAAGUAAAUUGCACACAUUUGUUUAAUUACUAAAAGAGAGCUUCAAGAGAGCGGAAUUCACUUUUCUAUAAUGUGAAUUUUCAUUUCUUGAUCCUCCUUACCCGCCUUAUUUAUUUUAUAUUAUACUCAUUAUUAUUUAGACCUAAAUAAUAUGAAGAGUCUUCACUAAAAUCACAACUUCCAUCAAAAUGUCGCGAGGAUUACAUUCUAUAUAAGGCUCCUGUCUAUCCAGAUGCUACUACUUAUGAAUUAACUGAAGAAGAUUUACAUUUCUUAUCAACCAUAAAUGAAAAACUAUAAACCCCUAUUACUAUUGAAGAUUUUGAGUUGUACCUUGCGCUCCUUGACUCUAAGAGUGGAAAAGAUGUGGAAAUUGAUUUUAGUGAAUUUCUUAAACUCAAACCAAAUUUACCACGAACGAUUAGCCAGUAAAUUGUUGCUUAGGAACAACUAUAUAACUAUUUUAAAAAGCAGAGAUAACAUUUCUCUCGAUCAUUAACUAGAUUACUUAUGCAUCCCUAUUAUGAAGAUAGUAAUCCUCAUUUAGCCUUUCGUCCUAGAACUUAACCUAUGGACAGAACUAUGAAAUUAAGAAGAGUUAAUCCCCAAAAUACAAGAGGAGUCAAUGAAAUGGAAAAUUUAGGUUAGAAAAUAGUCUUGUUAAAAAAAGAUCUUUUGAUUGUUUCAAAUAUUAUUGAUUAAAGUAUUUAGAGAGAAAAAGCUAUGGAAAUUGAAAGGAGAUUCAACUUUUGUAAAUUCAUUAAAGAGUUUUUUGACUCAUCAAAAAAAGAAAAAGAUAAUAAUGCAGAAAUAAGAUUAUGGUCUAAGGAUUGUUUUGUUAGGGAAUGUUUAGAUAAAUGUUCAAUUAAUAUUAUUGAUAGAGCUGAUGAGAUGUUUGAUAACAUUUCAAAAGAAAUACUUUAAUGGAGAGAAUUAAACGAAUAAUAAAAGAAAGAAAAGUAAAGAAAAGAGGAUUAGAUUCUUAAAUAUGAAAAAUAGAUUGAAGAUCUAAUUGCUGAUAAAUCUAAAAUUGAAGAAAAACUACCUCCUAUUAUUCCUCCAAUUGAAUUUAUCUAACCUAUUUAAGUUCCACCUCCACCAAUACCUUAGAUUCCUUAAGAACCACCUGAUGAGAAGAUGGAAAGUGUUGCUAAAUUCUUAGCUACUUUAUAUUUAGAGGCUAGAAAAUAUUAAUUAAAUUUUGAUCAAGUCUUAUCAGAUUCAUUUCCUAUAUAUAAGAUAUAGAAUGCUUAACAACAAGUCAAUUCGAAGAGUGUAUUACCAUUUUCUUUGAUGUAAAUUGAAGGAAAUAAUAUUGUGUAUAAGGUUAGAAAGGAUAGUUGUUUAGAAAGAAAGAACGGGGCUUAUUGGGAGAGUCAUCAAGAUUUAUAAUAAACAAGUACAUUAUAUCAUUAACAUUAAUAUUUCAAAGAAAAAGUAGAUGAUAUAAUGGAGAUGGCAGAUAUGGAUUAAAUGAUUUAUGCUCUAGGAAUGGAAGAUGAUAAGUAGGAUGAGGAAGAAAAAAUGUUAAAAAAGAAAGUUAAGAGUAGUUCGACCAGAUUUACAGGUUCAAAUGGAGGUCAGUUAAAAUGAUUAUUAAACUAAUUCG